GAGAGCGGACAGUUCAGUCCCGAUGAUGAGCUGGGAGGAAAGGACUGCUGUGAGUGCGGCUGCAGCGCGGACCAUCUCCCCGAGCAACAUGCACGCGUGAUCCGCUCAGCAUCAUCUUCCUCACUUCGCUUUUCCUUUUCUCCUUUUUCUCUCCGCUUGCAAAAACGUUACUGUGGCAAGUGCAAGUGAUGGGCACUCCGGAGUGGGCUGCUGCUGCCCACAAAGUGUGACUGCCUGCCUGGUUUUUUUUUGGAGGGGUGCUUAUUAUUAUUAAAGAACAUGUAAGAAACCCGCACGUUCGGAUUCACAGGCAACAUGCAGAAAGGGAUGAGACUCAAUGACGGCCACAUCACCUAUCUGGCUCUUUUGGCGAAGAAGGAUGGGACGAGGCGAGGGGGCUUGAGUAAGAAAAGCUCAGACAACACAAAAUGGCAUUCAAAGUGGUUCGCUUUGUUGCAGAAUAUGCUGUUUUAUUUCGAAAACGACUCCAGCUCCCGGCCGUCUGGACUGUACCUGUUGGAGGGAUGUAUGUGUGACAGGGCGCCGUCCCCCAAACCGCCUCCGUCAGCGAAGGAAUGCUUAGAGAAACAGUAUUACUUUACUGUCACUUUCAAUCAUGACAACCAGAAGGCUCUGGAGCUGCGCACAGAAGACGUGAAGGACUGCGAUGAGUGGGUGGCCGCCAUCACGCAGGCCAGUUACAGGAACCUGGCUACAGAGCAUGAGACCCUAAUGCAGAAGUAUCUUCAUCUGCUCCAAAUAGUGGAGACGGAGAAAACGGUUGCCAAGCAACUUCGACAACAGAUAGAGGAUGGGGAAAUCGAAAUAGAGCGACUAAAAUCAGAGAUCUCUGGCCUGCUGAAAGACAACGAGAAGAUCCAGUCAAAUCCAGAGGUGCCGCCCAGCGACGAUGACACAGAGAUCAAGAAGAUCAAGAAGGUCCAGAGUUUCCUCCGGGGUUGGAUUUGCCGCAGGAAGUGGAAAACCAUCAUCCAGGACUACAUUCGUUCCCCUCACGCUGAAAGCAUGAGGAAGAGGAACCAGGUGGUGUUCAGCAUGCUGGAGGCCGAGGCCGAGUACGUCCAGCAACUCCACAUCUUGGUCAACAACUUCCUGCGGCCCCUUCGCAUGGCAGCCAGCUCCAAGAAACCCCCCAUCACCCACGACGACGUCAGCAGCAUCUUCCUGAACAGCGAGACCAUCAUGUUCCUGCACCAGAUCUUCUACCAGGGCCUGAAGGCCAGAAUAGCCAGCUGGCCAACACUAGUGCUGGCGGACUUGUUUGACAUCUUGCUGCCCAUGCUGAAUAUCUACCAGGAGUUUGUGAGGAACCACCAGUACAGCCUGCAGAUCCUGGCCCACUGCAAACAGAACCGGGACUUUGACAAGCUGCUGAAGCAGUACGAGGCCAAGCCCGACUGUGAGGAGCGGACCCUGGAGACCUUCCUCACCUACCCCAUGUUUCAGAUCCCUCGUUACAUCCUGACGUUGCAUGAGUUACUGGCUCACACUCCCCAUGAGCAUGUGGAGAGAAAUAGUUUGGACUACGCCAAGUCGAAACUGGAGGAACUUUCCAGAAUCAUGCACGAUGAGGUGAGUGAGACGGAGAACAUCAGGAAGAACCUGGCCAUCGAGCGCAUGAUCGUGGAGGGUUGUGAAGUUCUGCUGGACACCAGCCAGACAUUCGUCAGACAAGGUUCACUGAUCCAGGUGCCGAUGAGUGAGAAAGGCAAGAUCACGAGAGGCCGACUGGGCUCUCUGUCUCUGAAGAAAGAAGGGGAGAGACAAUGUUUCCUGUUCUCCAAACAUCUCAUCAUCUGUACAAGGGGCUCCGGGGGAAAACUUCACAUCACUAAGAACGGAGUGGUGUCUCUCAUCGACUGCACCCUGAUGGAGGAGCCGGAGGGGACGGAUGACGAGUCCAAAGAGCGGAGCGGCCAGGACACGGAGCACCUGGACUUUAAAGUGAUGGUGGAGCCCAAAGACGUCCAGCCGUACACGGUCAUCCUCGUGGCUUCAUCCCGACAGGAGAAGUCAGCGUGGACAAGUGAUAUCAGCCAGUGCAUCGACAACAUCCGCUGCAACGGCCUGAUGAUGAACGCCUUUGAGGAAAACAGUAAAGUUACUGUGCCACAGAUGAUUAAGUCAGACACCAGCUUGUACUGCGAUGACGUCGACAUUCGCUUCAGCAAGAUGAUGAACUCGUGCAAGGUGCUGCAGAUCCGCUACGCCAGCGUGGAGCGCUUGCUGGAGAGGCUGACGGACCUGCGCUUCCUCUCCAUCGACUUCCUGAACACCUUCCUCCAUUCGUAUCGGGUCUUCACUAGUGCUGAUGUCGUGCUGGACAAGCUCAUCACCAUCUACAAGAAGCCCAUCAGCGCCAUCCCUGCACGCUCUUUGGAGCUCUUCUUCGCCAGCAGCCAGAACAACAAACUCCUCUACGGCGAGCCACCCACGUCCCCACGUGCCAGCCGCAAGUUCUCCUCUCCUCCCCCCCUCUCCAUCACCAAGACGUCGUCUCCGAACCGCCGGCGCAAACUCUCGCUGAACAUCCCCAUCAUCACCGGGGGGAAAGCUCUGGACCUGGCCGCUCUCAGCUGCUCUCCCAACGGCUAUGCAAGCAUGCACUCCACCAUGUCCCCCUUCAGUAAGACCACACUCGACAUCAACAAGCUCUACGUGUCCAGCACGAUGGCCAGCAAGAUCCCCGACGAGGGAGAGAACAAAUCCGAAGGCAAAGCUGAAGAUGCUGCUCUCAGCAAGCAAGAUCUGUCCGUCAGAGAAGAAUGUGACGAAGACCCAAGUCAGAGUGACGAGGCGGAAGCAGAAAUGUCUCCUCCCAAGUCACCGUCGACACCGAAGAAUGUCAAGUCCAAAAACUCUGAGUUCUCCCUGUUUUCCUUCAACAACGGCAUGGUGGUUUCAUCUUGCCGGGAGCUGGACAAUAACCGCAGUGCCCUUUCUGCCGCCUCGGCCUUCGCCAUCGCGACGGCUGGUGCCAACGAAGGCACGCCGACCAAGGAGAAGUACCGCCGCAUGUCCCUCGCCAGCACAGGUUUUCCUACAGAUCAGAGGAACGGGGACAAAGAGUUUGUUAUCCGAAGAGCAGCCACUAACAGAGUCCUGAAUGUGCUUCGUCACUGGGUCUCCAAGCACUCCCAGGACUUUGAGCUGAACAUGGAGCUGAAGAUGCGUGUAAUUGGCUUCCUGGAGGAGGUGAUGCAUGACCCAGAGCUUUUGACACAGGAAAGAAAGGCGGCUGCCAACAUUAUCAGGACUCUCACUCAGGAGGAUCCUGGAGACAGUCAGGCAACCAUAGAAGAGAUGACGCAGAUGGCCAUGGAGGACAGCAAGACUGAACCGUUCGACAGCCACUCGGCUUUGGAGAUUGCUGAGCAGCUCACCCAGCUGGACCACCUGGUCUUCAAAGUCAUCCCAUAUGAGGAAUUCUUUGGUCAAGGUUGGAUGAAGAAUGACAAGAACGAGAGAACUCCUUACAUAAUAAAAACAACCAAGCAUUUCAAUGAUAUCAGCAACAGGAUCGCCACGGAGAUCCUGCACUGGGAUGACAUCAACAUGCGAGUGGCCGUGAUCGAGAAGUGGGUGGCCGUGGCCGACAUCUGCCGCUGCCUCCACAACUACAACGCUGUGCUGGAGAUCACGUCCUCUCUGAACCGCAGCUCCAUCUUCCGCCUCAAGAAGACCUGGAUCAAGGUUUCCAAGCAGACAAAGACUGUGAUUGACAAGUUACAGAAGCUGGUGUCAUCAGAGGGCAGAUUCAAAAACCUGAGAGAGGCUCUGAAGAACUGUGACCCGCCCUGCGUCCCUUACCUGGGAAUGUACCUGACUGACCUGGCCUUCAUUGAGGAGGGAACCCCCAACUACACUGAGGACAACCUGGUCAACUUCUCCAAAAUGAGAAUGAUAUCUCACAUCAUCAGAGAAAUACGGCAGUUUCAGCAAACAGCUUAUAAGAUAGAUUUCACGCCGAAGGUGGCCAAGUACCUGCUGGACAACAGCGCAGUGAUGGACGAGGAGAGCCUGUACGAAGCCUCUCUGAGGAUCGAACCCAAGACGUCAUCAUGAAGAGGAUUUCUCUCACUCGACUCACAUGCAGAAUGCACAGAAAGGAGAUAUUAACAUGUACAUUUACUAUUAUUUGUGUUAGACACAGUAGGCUGUGCCCUUCCAGUGUAUGUUCCUCAAUGGACUCGUUGUGUGUUCUUGUUCUUAGAGACUGAGUAGAAGCCCAGAGAGGUUUUAUUUCUAUAGUUACAGAGUAUUUAUAUGUUAUUUAUUGUCUUAAAUAGCAUUUAAUUAUGAUAUUAUUUUGAACUACAGAAUGAAGAGAUUGGAGAGUUAGAGACUUGAUAUUUUGUUAUACUUGAACGGUAAUGUGGAGUAAAUGAAGCCUCUCAUUCAUGAGAAAUGGACACUGUUGGUGUCAGAAGUCAUGAAAAUUAAGCACACAAGAGCUGUGUAGUUGUAACUGCAGCAAUUUGCAAGCAAGUCUCCAUGUAACCUUUUUUCUUGAAACAUUGAUCUUGAAAAAUAUCACAAAUGUGCUACUUUCCACUUGCUGCACAAUCAUUUAUUUGAUCUUGAUCUUCAAAUCUGCAGCUUUCUGUGAUUCAGUGUCAGCUGGACUCCACAGCUACCGAUAAAAACUACUAAUACCAGAAAAGCCAAUACAAAUUGAAAAGCUACUGCAACCCAGUGCAGAUGAUUGUCAAAUUUAGAUAUGCUUUAAACACUUCAGCCCCUCUGAAUGGAGUAGAGGGAAUGACGGACUGACUCGUGCGGCGCUGUGUUUUAUAGAGCUGCUGAGGGAGAAGGAGAGCUGGGAGGGAUUACGGUGAAACUGACAGUUUGGUUUCAGUUUUGGAGAAAUGGCUAUUUAUGCUUUUCUUAUUGUCACUUUAUUCCCCUGGUGGGCAACAUGAUGUAUAUACAGCGUUAAGCACCAGGCAGUGUAUGUAGCAAAUGUAACCAAUUUUGAGCCACUUCAGGAAGGUAAAUUUGCAGCUUCAGCACUCUGACGGUAAAGGCUUAGUCUUGAUCUUUAAUCCUCUUUGGCCAGUGCAUUAUGGUUUUUUUGCCUUAAUCAUGAAAAGGAUAAUAUACCACAAAAGUAUGUAAACUAUUUUCUUCUACAAACUGCCAAUGAACCAGAAAUAUUGGCUGUGUAUAAUAUUGUGUAUAGGCAGUCUGAUGCAUUUCCUAAUGUGCAAUGUGUAACAAAAAAAAAGAAAA